CAACUAAAGUAUCCUGAACACAAAUCUGAAGAAAUUUUUGAAAAAUAUUCAAUAGCAAAAAAAGUUAUAAUUAUGCCCGUAUUGGGGUAUUGUUCGUAUUUUAGCGAGCGAAGCGAGCAGGUUAGGUUAGUUUAACUAGGUAGGCGAAAAGCGUGGAAUUUUUACCUACUAGUGCUACCUAGGAGAGCUAGGUAGUAGUGCUACCUAGGAGAGCUAGGUACUAGUGCUACCUAGGAGAGCCGGAAACUAGAAAUCUCAUCUUACCCCGAAAAUUUGAUUUUACCCCAAAAAAUUAAUUCCUGACAGGGGGGAAGUGAGACAAAGUCUUGGAAUUCUCUGAACAACAAGAAGAACAAUUUGUAUACAAAAUUUCAAAAAUUUGUAACUUUUUUGCUAUUGAAUGUUUUUUAAAAAUUCCUUCAGAUUCUUAUUCAGGAUACUUUAGUUAGUCAAGAAAAUCAUUUUCAUGAAAAUCUAAGACAAAAAAAUAAUUUUUAUAAAAAAUUUCAAAAAUUUCUAGAAAUUUCAGUUUUUGAGACCGCGACGAAAAAAAGGACAAUGGAUCUCCCUGCGGUAUUAGACCAUGUCAAGAAAUUAUCUCAACAGAUUAUCCAGUUGGAGGAAUUUAUUGGAUUAAAGUUUGGGGCAGAUUAUAAAGAGUUUAAAGAUUUCAAGCAGGCCAAUCCGAAAAUGACCAUCAAACUAAUACCCACACCGGUCGUCGAGGAAGAGGAACCAAUAAAUCAUUCUCAUAAUUUGGCCCGUCGUGAGCAACUUGACCAAUAUCAUGUCCCUAUUUUGCAUAAUAUUGGAGGGGAUGACGCAAAUAUGUCUGGCUGUCAGGACCUGUGUCAAAUCAAGAUGGAAGACUGUGGAGACGACCAAGAGAAUGAGGAGGAGGAGGAAAUAGAACUAAACCCAAGAUGGUGUGAAGAUAGUGAUGAAGAUAUUGGCAAUUUUGUUGUUAAUCUUCCAAACUCAGGGUACACGUUCCACGAGGUCAAAAAUGACUUAAACUUCCAUGCUGUCAAGGAAGAAAAAAAGCAUGAAAUAGUGGAAAAUCCUUUGCAUGUACAACCCCCGCAAACUCGAAACGCAAUCAAAUUAAGAAAUCCAAGAAAACAAUCUCACAAGGUUUUGACCACCGGACUUAUCAAAGAUCUUGUCCAGGAAAUGACUCCGCCAUCACAAGUGCCUCUUCCUUCCGCAACCCCGAAUAGGCUAAUUCCAACUCCAGCCAAAAGAAAGACGAAUAAUCAAAAGAAGAUUAUGCCACGUUUAAAUACCUUACAAUCAAAAAGAAAAAGUAUAUCAAAGUCUUUCAUUUCAGUCACCAAGGUCACUCCUAGGCGUAGAACUAUCUCUGCAUACCAUAAUGACGACCUACAAGACCCACUUCGCCACGCUCAAUUUGGUGUACGUUACCAUAAGGGGGCUAAACGCGUUUGGCUGAUGCAUGACAACCAUGCCUUCCGGCUGCGUAAGGUUGAACAGAGUGGAAGACGAUACUGGAGAUGUCAGGAUGCCGAAUGUCCAUCAAGAUUCAACCAAACUUUUACAGGGGGUGGGAAACUUAAUUCGCCACACACGCAUCCCCCAUUGACUGUGUGGGAGGGAAGCAGGAUUGACGCUAUUAUGGGCAAGUCCGAGAACACUUAACUUCUGAAAAUAUUUGAAGCGACGACGUUUAUGUAGUACAUUUGCUUACAAAACGAGAUUUAUUAUGUAUGAAAUUGAUGUUUCUUUUAAACAAAACUCGAAUAAAUUGCUCAUUAAAAGAA